AUUAGCAGCACACAGCAGCAGUAGCAGCAGGGUUUCUUCGGCCGCAAAUAAUUCUCUACCUUUUCUUUGAGUCGUCUUCAUCAACGUCCAUGGCUGAUAAGACCGACUUCGAUUCUCGCCCUAGCCAGAUCUCCAAAGAUGCACAAGUGUCGGAGAAUCCUAUUCCGCUUUCACCGCAGUGGCUUCUCUCCAAGCCAGGGGAGAUUAAGAGUGGGAUAACUGGGCAGGAGAACCAUUUUGUCCCUCAUCCGGGUUAUUCCAGUCGCUCAGAUAUCAUGAAAUCACCUGGAAUUGGUGAGGACACACGCGAGAUCAAUAAGAAGAAAGAUGUCUUCCGGCCUUCUGUGCUGGAUAUGGAAUCUGGCCGGCGUGAUCGCUGGCGUGAUGAAGAAAGGGAUACCAAUUCAGCUGUUCGUAGGGAUCGAUGGAGGGAUGGUGAGAAAGAGCCUGUUGACAACCGCAAAACAGAUCGUUGGACUGAUUCAUCAGGAAGACAAUAUGCAGAUGCACGCCGUGGCCCAACUGAGCGAUGGACGGAUUUGGGAAAUAGGGACGGCAACCAUGAUCAGCGUCGGGAGAGCAAGUGGAACACACGCUGGGGGCCUGAUGAUAAGGAGACAGAUAAUGUGCGUGAGAAGUGGGCAGAAUCCAGCAAAGACUCAGACCUACUUCUUGAUAAAGGGCCAUCCAGUCUUGCUUAUCAUGGAAAGGAAGAAAAGGAGGGGGAUCAUUAUCGUCCUUGGAGAAUGAACUCCCACAGCCGAGGAAGGGUAGACCCUCCUCCUCACCAAACUUUGACCCCAAGCAGACAGGCUCCUGUGUUUACUCAUGGUCGGGGACGUGGGGAAACUAGUGGCCUGACCUUCUCUGUUGGUCGGGGUAGAGUUAGCUCUGUCAGUAAUGCAUCCGCUCAGUCUUAUUCAGUUGGGUAUGUGUCAGAAAAAGGUGAAACUGCCCAUGGAGAGUCCUUACCUUGGAGAUACAGUCGAACAAAGCUGCUUGACGUAUACAGGACAACAGACACGAGAUCAUGUGAGAAAAUUUCCAAUGUCGUCCAGCAAGUACCUCCACUUACCCAAGAAGAACCCAUAGAACCUCUUGCACUAUGUACACUGACUAAUGAAGAAUUGAUGGUCUUGAAGGGAAUUGACAGGGGAGAUAUUGUCAGCAGUGGUGCGCCACAAAUUACUAGAGAAGGGUCUAUUGGAAGGAACUCAACUGAUUUUCUGCAGUCAAGACGGAACAAGCUUGGUAGUAAAGAAGAUUUACCACAUGACAUAAAUGAUUCCAAGGAGGAAAACAUGGAAAAUGCUGGUGGUGGUUCAAAUUAUUCAGAAAGCAUGUCCCAGGAGAAGCAGGUUUACUCUUAUGGGGGUGGUACAAGGGUUGAGAGUGUGCAGGAUUAUCAGAAGUUUUCUGAUUAUAAAUUUAAUUCUGAAGGAGAAGACAACACUCCUUCUAGGAAGAAUGAUGAUGUGCCUAUUAACAGAGAACCAAACAUGCAAGGACCUCCCUCUAUUCUACACGGAGGUACAUGGCGGUCCUCAUCAAUUGGGGAGCGCUCACCUUCAGUCUCACAUGAUUGGAGAGAAGUUCCUGCAGCUGUAAAUUCCAGGGCUCCUGAUGUUGGUAGGUCAGAGUCACAGAAAGACGUAAAUGCUGAAUGCGAAAAACGCGUGGCAGAUCAAUCAUUUGCCAGACUAUCGCGGAUUGCUGAUGAUUCUACUAUAAGAAAGCAACCAACUGCAAUCUUCAACAAGGAACAAGAGGUGCAGAAAGUUUUGCAGUCUUCUCCUGAAGACCUGGUUCUUUAUUAUAAAGAUCCACAAGGUGAAAUUCAAGGUCCUUUUUCGGGGAGCGAUAUUAUUGGAUGGUUCGAAGCAGGCUAUUUUGGCAUUGACUUGCUAGUACGCUUAGCUGGUGCACCACCUGAGUCAUCAUUUUGUCCACUUGGAGAUGUUAUGCCACACCUGCGUGCCAAAGCUCGUCCACCGCCGGGAUUUGGUGCAGCAAAGCCAAAUGAAAUCACCGAUGCAUCCAGUCGGCUUAAUUUCAGCAACUUUGGAACACUUCAGUCUGGUUUGAAUGAGAUUGACAUGGUGAAGAAUGAACCUAGGUAUCAACAUCAUUCAACAACAGAGGCUGAAAACAGGUUCCUGGAAUCGCUGAUGACUGGCAAUUUGAGUGGUGUCCAACUUGAGAAGGCUGUUCUCUCUGAAGGUAUCAGAGGAUAUAUUGGAAAUAAUACCAGUGCAGCACCUCCGUUAGCAGCUGAAAAUGCUGAUAAUGUGUAUCUGUUGGCUAAAAAGAUGACACUUGAGAGGCAGAGGUCUCUACCAAAUCCCUAUUCAUAUUGGCCUGGGCGAGAUGCAGCUACCCCUCUUCCCAACUCAGAGAUUCUCCAGGACCCGUCAGUGCCUCAUUCAAGACUUCUAUCUUCGCUUGCUGAAAAUGCUCGUCCGCAGCAGACUUCUCCCAAUGUUGAUUUGAUGGCCAUCCUCCAAGGUUUACCUGAACGAUCUAAUACAGUUCUUAAUAAUGGAGCAAGUGGUUGGCCAAAUUUCUCAACUCAAGGAGGGUUGGAAUCGCUUCAAGAUAAGUUGGACGUACAUCAAGCUCAGAAUUAUCCUCCUCAGGCUGCAUAUGGAAUUCAACAACAAAGGCUACAGCCGCAAAUAAAUUUACCGAGCCAAGUUAUGGAAAAUUCUUCUAGCAUGUUUAGUGCUGAAAAACUACUUUCUUCUGGUCUUUCUCAAGAUCCACAGCUCUUAAGUUUGCUGCAGCAACAGCAACUACUGCAAGCUCAAUCCCCAGCUGCAUUACAGCAGCUCAGUAUAGUGGAUAAAAUUUUGCUGCUUAAGCAGCAACAGAAGCAGGAGGAGCAGCAACAGUUCCUGCGUCAGCAUCAACAAUUUCUUUCACAAGUGCUUCCUGAUCAUAAUUCACACCAGAGGUUUGGCGAGUCCUCUUAUGGCCUGUUACAAACUGCUGGAUAUUCUGCAGGAAUUGCUCCAAGUGAUCAUUCGCGGUUCCAGCCAUCUCAUGAAUUGUUUCAUAUUGGUUCUCAGGUUCAUGCUCCUAAUUUGAAGGAUGAACGUGUUUCUAACUUUUUACUUUCUCAGAGUGUUUCUGAGGUUGCCAACCAAAAUGUUGGUGCUGAAACCCAUUUACCCCAUCAAAUGUUUGGUACUGCUGCCCAUCAGAAUAGUUGGAAUUAUCCUUUAUCAGAACAAGUUGAUAAUCUUGAGCAGAAAAGUUCAUUGACGACUACUAGCAUGACUGAUUCUUUGUCGCAUAUAGGAAUAAGAAACGGUUAUCAAUUAGAUCCAUUGCAAAGUAAUGAACCUAUUGUAGUUGCUACCUCUAAAGCUGCUGUAAGUUUUUGUGAGGGGGAACAUUUUGAAGAAUCCAUAGCUCUGGAACCACCUGCAGCCCUUGAAAGUGAUGAAAAAGACUUUUUCAUUGGAGAGCAGGUAGAAGUUGUAAAGCCGGCAGCUGAAGCCAAUGAAGGACUACAAGCUGAAGGAAAGAAAAACACUGAAGAGUCCUCUGUGGUGAAGGAAGUGAAAAAUGUCGAAGCACGCGAUAUGAAAAAAUCAUCUGAUAAAAAGUCAAGAAAGCAAAAGGCCUCUAAGGCUCAGUCUUCUGACUUGGCAAAAGGAGUGUUGAAGACACAGGAACUGAGGUUGGGAGAAGUUGAAGGCACAAAUGGUAAGAUAAUAAAAUCUGAUACACAAACUCUUCCAGAUGACCUAUUUGUGUCUUCUGCAGCCGAAGAAAAAGAGCAUAAAAGUGAUAAGGUGACGGCUGACAUUGUACAUGUCCGGCAGGGGCAGAAGUCAUCCAUUUCCAAAGAUGAUAGUGAAACUCUUGAUGAAAAUGUUGAACUAGGACAGGCUGGGUCUAUCUCACAGUUCAAUAACACACAGCUACAAGCUGGGCAACGAGCUUGGAAGCCUGCUCCUGGUUUCAAGCCAAAGUCAUUGCUGGAAAUCCAACAGGAAGAAGAGAGGAGAGCACGCACAGAAAUUGCAGUUUCUGAGACAGCCACGGCUUUCAGCUCCUCGAGUGUUUCUACCCCUUGGGUGGGGGUGGUUGCAAGUUCAGAUUCCAAGUCAAUCAAAGAAUCUAAGCUAGACCCAGUAAGUGCCACCUUAAAUAUUGGCAAGUCGGACAGCUCCCGUAAUCAGAAAAAUAGGAAGAGCCAAUUGCAUGAUUUGUUUGAGGAUACCAUUGUGGCUAAGUCAAGUGAAAGAGAUCCAGAGAUUUCUGACAAUUUGUCUAGUUUGCCUUCUGCAUCUGCUAUCAGCUCACACAGUGAUCCUGUUGAUGAUAGCAACUUCAUUGAGGCUAAAGAUACUAAGAAGAGCCGUAAAAAAUCUGCUAAAUCUAAGGGUGCUGGAUCAAAGGUUUCAAUUCCUACUGCUGUGUCAGAUGUGUCAGUGGGGUCAAGUCCCAUUGAGAAAAGUAAAAAUUCUCGUCACCAAGAGAAGGAACUAUUACCAGCAAUUCCUUUGGGCCCUUCCUUGGGAGAUUUUGUUGUCUGGAAGGGGGAGUCUACAAGUUCUUCCGCGGGUCCUGCAUGGUCUACUGACUCUGGAAAGCUCCCAAAACCUGCAUCAUUGAGGGACAUUCAAAAGGAACAGGGAAAAAAGGUCCCCUCACCACAGAUCCCAGUGCCUACAUCACAGAAGUCUGCACCAAGUCAGCUUGCACGGGGAGGUGGUUCUUCACGGUCAGCUUCUGCAUCUUCUCCAGCCAAGGCUGCAUCUCCUGUUCAAAUCAAUGCUCAAGGUCCUCUUUCAAAGCAUAAAGCUGAGGAUGAUUUGUUCUGGGGGCCCGUGGAGCAACCCAAGCAAGAGUCAAAGCUGUCCGAUUUUCCUCAACUCGGAAGCAGCUGGGGAAGCAAAAACACCCCUGUUAAAGCAUCUUCUGGGGUGGCAUUAAACCGUCAGAAGUCUGCAAGUGGAAGGCUGGUGGAGCAUCCAUCUAUUUCUAAUGCUUCUGCUAACUCAUCUCUGAAGGGAAAGAAGGAUUCCUCAACAAAAUAUUCAGAAGCUAUGGAUUUCAGAGAAUGGUGUGAAAGUGAGUGUGCCAGGCUUAUUGGAACAAGAGAUACAAGUUUUCUAGAAUAUUGUGUGAAGCAAUCUAGAUCGGAAGCUGAAAUACUUCUGAUAGAGAACCUUGGUUCCUUCGAUCCUGCCCAUGAAUUCAUUGACAAAUUCCUCAACUACAAAGAUCUUUUAUCUGGUGAAGUCCUUGAAAUUGCUUUCCAAAGUCAGAAUGAUCGAAGGGUCACUGGCUCAGGUUCUGGACAGAUGAUUUCUGACGAUGGUGGUUUUAGGGGAAUGGACCAGAGCAAUGCAACUGCUGCCGAUGCUUCCACAAAAGGGGGAGGAAAGAAGAAGGCUAAAAAAGGAAAGAAGGUAAGCCCUUCGGUGUUGGGAUUUAAUGUGGUUAGCAACAGGAUCAUGAUGGGAGAGAUUCAGAGCGUUGAAGAUUGAGUAAAAACUUUGGGCCUUUUGUACAUACAUUACCUUGAGGUCUUUUGUAAAUGUUUUUCUUUUAGGUUUUUUGUUCACUAUAGAGCUGCAGCAGUGCUAGGUAUCUGCUCGAGCAAUUUUGUGAGGGAUUGUUAACAGGAGUACUAGUUACUCAGCUAUAGAUUUAGCGUGGCUUACCCGUCAAAAGAGGUGGCCUUCUUUGUAUCACUUCUGAAGGGCCUUUUAGCUGCUAUUUAUUUUCACGUGUUUUGUACAACCGUCCUUUCUAAUCAACCUUCCAUUAUUUUUAAGAAACAAGUGCAAUUACGUCCCC